UAAAGUGUUGACAUGUAGGAAUUGAGGAGGCUGCAUCACAGAACAUCUGUAGGAAGAUGUCGACAAGUAGACAAGGAAUUGAAAGUGUAGGACUUCAUGUCUCUGUCCCCUUCGUCUUCAGUGUGUGUGGCUCAUACAAGUUAAGAUUCUACCAUGUGAGCAAGAUUUUCUGUACAGAGGUUACAUUUCUGUGGAGAUUGGUCCAUGUCAGCUAUUCCCGUAAAUAUUGAACCUAGUGAAGGAGUUUCCAAUUCACUUUCUCUUUCACUUUCGCCAGUAUCAUCAAACCUUCUCAUUUUUCAGAAGGUUUUGUCUUUGGCUGUACGGAUGCAAGGGAGUUACCAUGAAGUGUGUACAAGUAUGAAAGCCAAGCGCUUCUAUGUUGUCAUAAGCUUGGCCGCUUGUGUGGGCAUUACUCUAUGGACGCUGUAUCAGCAAGUCGGCUCGCAUCCAGUGGAAACAUGGAGUAACUACAGUGGAAAGCGUCAUAGGAAGAUAACUGGUUUCUCACCCCCGAGUGUGGCUGAAGGAGCGGCGUCAUGGCCUGUGGAAAGGCACCGUUUCCUCCCAAACUUCUUUCUGCUGUGGGACAAGCAGAAAGCCCCGAGCCUCUCGUCUUACAGCGAAGGCAACAUAAUAUUCCUGCACAACAAUAAGGCAGGAGGGAUUAGCAUUAGGAAAUGCAUGCAAGUAGUAGGACCGGACAGUGGAUUAAACGUAUCGAGGGAUGUUUUCAGCUCUCGCUACGCUGCUACAGAAUUUGAGUAUUGGAAGCAUGCACCAAGGACUAAGCAGCACAUGGGCCUGUACGGUGGGUAUUCCUUCGGGGUUUGCGAUGUUUUCAACGAUGGCCGACCGUGUUCAUAUUUCACAAUGAUUCGUAAUCCAUACGACCGCGUGGUAUCCGCUUACCUCUAUUGCUCCAAGAACUCCAGCAAGGACCAGUUGUGUACCGCCCUCAAAGCAAGCGAAGUGAGCGUUGUGGAUUGGGCGCUGCAUCACGGCAGCUUUUUCUUCCGGCAGCUGGUGAUCAAUCCAGAGGUCUGUAACGGUUCCUUCGAUGACUCGCCGUACCUCAGCAACUAUGACGACAUCCCACACAAGUUCUCCAGGGAACCGAUCCCUUGUUGGUUCAAGCACAAAGUCUUGCUCCAACGUAUGUUGAGUGAGAAGGAGCGAGGGGAUCUCCUCAAGCAUGUCUAUGACAACCUGGAGAAUUACUUUGCUGUCAUUGGUCUCCUGGAAUACUUUGAUCUCUCCAUGGGAAUGAUACAACAUGUCUACCAUGUACCAUUCAAAGACCGCUGCUCUGACUCCCACUACAACAAGGGCAAUUUUCGUAAAAGGCGCCAAAAAAUUGAAGCCGAUCUUCUAGUUGCAAAACUUAAGCGGGAACUGUUAGCAGACCCUCGUGUCAACGCAUCAUUGCAUGCAGACCUUCUCCUGUAUGAGAAAGCGAAGCAAAUAUUCAAUAGGCAGACGGAAGUCUUCAGUUACCUCACUAAACCCACCUCAUGAUUUCUUCUUUCUCUCUUUCUGUUUCUUUCUUCGGACAAAACAAAUCUUCACAAUCCCAACACGUGUACAGCAAGGUGCGUCAUUUGUUGAUAGGAUUUUGUUUUUUAUUAUAGUAUGUUUAAAUAAAGAGAGUGGAUAUUGAUAAUGGCUCUGUAAUACUCCUGGUUGACACAGGACUGCUGCCUUGAAUUUUUCAGAGUAUGUGGCUCUCCUCCAUUUUACUUCCUAUACAAGGGACUUAGUAUUUUCUUCUGUUUCGUAGCCUGCAUGUCCAGAGUAACAUGUUAACUCGGAGCACAUGCUUUACAAGAAGAGCUUCUCCAAAAAAUGUUAUAAGCACCUCAUUAACUCUUUUGGGACGAUAUCUUU